GCCAUUAAAAAAAAAAUCUCAAACUUUUUAUCAUUACAAGGUACUGUGUGAUCGAGUGAAGUGUAUUUGUGCUUAUCCUCUCCACUUUAUCUUGUAAUACAAAGCCCAGUGAAUCUUUUGGCAUACGUUUUCUUUCGUUGAAAAUGUAUUACAAGUGCUGUGUUUGCAAAAGUUCGCGACAGGACGCUGUUUUGCAUCAUUUUCCAUGCACUGAGAAAAGACUCAAUAAGUGGUUAAAGUGCCUCGAAGACCAGGUUAAUUUAAAAGAUACACCAAGAAUUGAACUUUCGAAGCUCUUUGUGUGUCAAAAGCAUUUCGAACGUAAAUUCGUUACUGCAAAAUCCCAUCUACUAGGCAAGGCGUACCCAUCUCUAUUCACUGAAGAAGAGAUUGUUAGUGGAAUACCAUCCAACAAGUAUCUUACUGAAAAUAAAGAUCCCCGGAUUGAGCAUAAUUACUCUCGAGAACAGCACUUUGACCACUCAUACUGUAAUAGAAUAUUGAAAGAGAUACCGUUGAAUCAAGUCCAUAAAGAGGAUGGGUUGGGUGGCAUUAGCUACGAGCCUAUACCAAGACAGAGUGAAGGCUCUAUAAAAAUGAGCAAACACAACUUAAGCGGAAAUACAUCAGUCCAAGCCAGAGUUAAAAUCUCGGAUAUUAAAGAAGACAGAUUAGGGUGCAUUACCCUAGAGCCUAUACCAGGACCUAGUGGUGGAUGCACUGUAAAUACACCAGUCCAAACCACAUUACAAGUCUCGGGAUCAGUAAAACUAAGAAAGCGAGUGAUUUCGAAAGUAAAAGAUUUGACGCCUAUGGGGCAAAAAAUUUAUGAUGCUUACCAAAAAGCAAAAAGGCAAGCAGACUAUUUUCAAAGAGCCAAAGAUGCAGCAAAAUUCAGUAAAGGGCAGGCUUUUGAAGAAUUGACUAAAAACUUAAAUCCAUAUGCUACAAAGAUAAUAUUAAUGCAAACAAGACUUUGCACUAAGAGAAAAAAAGGACGCCGGUUUACAACUGAAGAAAAAAUGAUUGCCUUAGCAAUCAUGAAACAAAGUCCAAAGGGUUACCGAUUUUUACAUCGUAUAUUUAUUUUGCCUUCAAAAACAACAUUAAAUAAAAUGAUUGAAAAGCUUUCGAUUCAUACGGGAAUUAGUUCGCAAGUCACUGGGUUAAUCAAGAAGGAGGUUGGGACAUGGAAUGAACGCAAGAAGUUGUGUACAGUCAUCUUCGAUGAAAUGUCAUUAGACACAGCCCUUAUUUACAACAGAAAACAGGAUACCAUCACAGGCUUUGUAGAGCUGAAAGAAAAAAAGCGCCAAUUUGCUGACCACGCGCUAGUGUUUAUGUUGCGUGGAGCAGUCUACAAGUGGCAGCAACCAAUAUCUUUCUACUUUUGCCAAGGCGCCACCUCGGGGGUAGAGCUGAAAAUUAUUUUGAAAGACAUAAUUGCUGCAGUUGUGGAAUGCGGAUUAAAGCCGAUAGCAAUAUCAUGUGACCAAGGCUCUACAUUCCAGUCUACAUUAUCUUCUUUAAGGCAGGAUACUAGGCGGGAUCAGCUUUUGGCAGAUGUACCUCCAGAUGGCACAGUCACAAUCAAUGAUGUCAAGCUGAGCAUCAUUUAUGACCCUCCACACCUGAUAAAGGGCAUAAGAAAUAAUUUUCUGAAUAAAAAUAUCACCAUUGAUGGCAAAAUAUCAAAGUGGAGUGAUAUUGUAGAUGUAUACAAAACUGACUGUGAACACACCGAAGCCAGGCUGCUCCACAAUUUGACGGACCAACAUGUAAUUCCAGAAAAAAUAAAGAAAAUGAAGGUCAAAAACUGUGUAAAGGUGUUCAGCAGUACAGUAUCUGCGGCCCUGUCCUAUACUGCAAAAUUUUCUCACUACGCUGAUGGCAAGCCAGUAAGUGACACAUUGAAAAAUACGGCAGAAACUGUGUUGUUUUUGGAUAAAUUAUUUGACAGCGUCAAUGGAGCUGCCACUGGUGCCAAAGCAGCGAAAAAGCCACUGCGGUUAGCUGUUACUGAAAACUCUCAGCACCACGAUUUUUGGCGAGAAGCCAUUCAACAUUUAAAGAAAAUGAAAUUUGUGGAUGGAAGUGGUAAGGAAAAAUCAGUGCCUUCUAUAAAAAACUUUAUAACCACAUUAGAGUCCUACAUGAGACUGUGGCAGAUUUUAAAAGGUCAGGGUGUAAAACUUCUGAGGCCAAGAUUUUUUAGUUCUGAUCCUAUUGAAAACUUCUUUGGCCAGGUAAGGGCCUAUAAUUAUAGAAAUAAUGACCCUAACUGCCACAGUUUCCAAAGCACAUUCAAAUCAUUAUUGAUAACCAGGUUUCUACAAUUCCACAAAGAUACAUUUAAUUGUGAAGAUGACCCGGCAAACCCAAUAUUAAAUUUAAAACAAUUAUUCAACGAAAAAGAAAGUAGCGGUCCGGGUCAUUCGGUUUCAAGCAUAGAAAAAAUAGUGGAGCAGGCCCGUAGAGAACGUAUUAAUAUGCACUCUCGGGCCUUCACUGCAGGAUGGGUAGUGCGGAAAUUGCAAUUGUCAUGUGAUGUCUGCAAAAAAUCCUUUACAAGUGACGAAAAUGACCUACAUGAAUGGAUCAGUCACAGAGAAUUCUCUAAAAACAAAAACCGUUUAUGCUACCCAUCUGAAGGUGCUGUAAGGUGUUUCGGUGCAGUUAUCUCUGAAACAAAUGAAUACUUGGAAAACAAUGGUCAUAACAACAAUAUUUUACAAAAUAUCAAAUCAUUAAUAGUAUCCAAGUAUUCAUUUGAUUUUAUUAACUGUACCGAACACAGAUCAAGGGUGCUUGAAAAAUUUAUAAUUAUUACCAUCAGGUUCUCAGUAAUGAAUUGGUGCAAUGUAAUAAAUCGUAUAUUAAAGGGCACUGAUUUAUCUCGACUAAAAAAAAAUUUACCGCCCAUGCAAGAAAUGGCACUUAAAAAAUAUUGUAAAAAAUUGAAAAAUAAAUCAUUUAAUAAAUAACUUCUCACAUUUUUUUUAA